AUGGUUUUAGUCUUACGAUGUUUAAUUUGUCACAAAGAAUUAGAAUACACGAAAUUAGAUCCCAGUGAAUUAGCUAUCCAUAUGAAAAACGAACAUUCUAUCAUAAGAGAUUCUGAUAAUUUGCAAGACAAUUUAUAUAUGAACAGAAGCACUGAAAAACUUUACGAAAGCUUUAAUAAAAAUUUUCGUAAUAUGAAUGGUCAAACAAUAAUUCACAAAAAUAUUAAAACAGAGAAUAAUCGGAAAUAUUUUCGAGAGAGUCCGGAAAACUCGUUGGAAAUAGAAAAUCAAACAUCAAAGGCCACCAGAGAAUCAAAUCAAAAUGACGAAUUAAAAGCAAUCAAAAACGUUGAUGAUGAUAAAUUGAAUUUAUUAUCACAUGUUCAAUCAAACAUGAAACCAGAACGAAAAAAAGUAACAGAAAAACCAACAGCAAAGUCACAAUACAAUCCAAUAUCUAAUAAGAAGCGUUCUAAAAAGCAUUCAAAAUUAUAUGAAACAUCAGUUGUAAAAUGGCAAUCAUUUGGCGAUGAAAAAUUUCAUUGUCCGCGAUGUCUAUCAUAUAAACGACCAGUCGUUGUAACUGACACUGAAAAAUCAACACAGUCAUCAUUCGUAGCAACAUUAUGGAUGACUUGUUGGCCACUUUGUCUUUCUACUUCUCUCCUUCAAGAACCAAUGUAUGAGAAUCUUCAUUGUUCACUUUGUAAUUAUCAAUUCGGCAUUUACGAUCAUAAAAGAAAAAUUGUAACAUCAAGUAAUCGAGAAAAUACAAAAGCUUAA